AUCUUCUUCAAGAAGCACGAAAAGCUCAUAAAUAGCGCUAAACGCCGGCAGAAGGAUGCCAAGCAUCGCGACAUCUUUGAGAAGAUGUUCCCGGAGGUGAAGAAGAUUCGUGAAGACCAGGAGCGCAGCCAGACUGAUGGAGCCAAUGCUAAUGGCGCUGACUCUCAUGGUAUACUUGUAUUAACCUCCUUGUGCACGCCCGUACAGUAG